CUUUCCUUUGCGUAUCCUUUGCUCAUCUUGUCGCCAUUGUUGACAUGACAUCGCCCACGCUUAGUGGGUUAGCAGGGCUGCUUGCCAGCAUGGCAUCAGUCGUUUUGCUGUAUCCACUGGAUCAAGCAGGUGUCAUCUCACAAGCAAGCGGUGAACAUGCCAGCCUCUUCUCCCUCUUUAUGGAAGACUUAUUUCGAGGACUGGGCAGUCAACUGCAGGCGACCGGCUUUUCCUAUUUCGUGUAUUUUGGUGUCUACACUUCCCUGAAGACUCGCUUCCGUAGACCGCAGUUGCCACAAAGCCUUGCAGAUCUCCUGGCAGCUAGUCUUGCUGGCAUGCUGGGUGUUAUGCUCAGCAACCCUCUUUGGGUAGCCACAACUCGCUUGAAAAUUGGCAAGGCGACCGGCGCAGGCCUGUGGGAGGAGAUUGCCUACAUCAUUGUUGAGGAGGGCACUGGAGCUUUGUGGAAUGGAGUAUCUUCUUCAAUACUCUUGGUGGCAAAUCCAGCGAUCCAGUUUGUGAUCUACGACCUGUUAAAGCGGAAUGUUUGCAAACAGCCAGCACCUACAGCGUUGGAAGCUUUCUUGGCGGGUGCGGUGGCCAAGUCAUGUGCCACCUGUACCACGUAUCCAUUGCAAGUAGCACAGACUCGACAGCGCGUAAAUCGACAUGCCAAAGGGAUGUCUGACAGCAUCAUCGACUGUCUCUUGGAAGUGGUCGUGGUCAGCGGCUUUACGGCCCUCUAUGCUGGAAUUGAAGCAAAGCUCCUACAGACGGUGCUGAACUCUGCAUUGAUGUUUAUGUUCUAUGAGAAGCUGCUGGGGUUGUUGGUGGCCGCUCACUUGCAGCUGCUCAGCGCGUGGAGGCAUCGCAGGCUGAAACGGCCAACUCGGGUGAGCCAUGUCAACUGAGAAGUGCAGUGAGAAAAGUCUCACUUAGGCUAGCGAGGCUUGAAACAUUCGGGCUUGCUUUGGGGAACGCGAGCAGAGACCCGCUUUGGAAUGGGCUUUGGCCAGAGCUUGUCAGACUUGGCAGGGCUCUGUGUCGUUGGAUGACCUCCAAGCACUGGAGAGCGUUGUUUUACGCUAUUUUCGGAUUUACUUCAAAUUUACUAUAUAUACUUAGACUAGCGACUAGAAUGUGCAGAGGCACUGUCCAUGCCAACACAAGGCAUACGGGCACACUCUGCUGGUCCUGUGCCAUACGAGCACCGGACUGCAUCUUUCCGCACGCUUGCCUUUCUGAUCCAGAAGGACCUGGAGGCGGACAGCCGUGCCGGACAUGCCGCAAGCUACAACCCAUAUUGUCAAAGCACACCUCACCAAGAAAACAAGAGUUGCAGG